GACUAUGGGUAAAGUUAAAAGUCAACCUUGGAGUACAAACCAAGAGUAAUUACACACACACACACACACACACACAUAUACACAUCACUUGGCUGAAUAAGCGGAAAUAAUUGAAUUCCGAUCACGGAUAGCUUAGUUUUGUUUAUUUUUUUUUUUCUUACUUCAUUCAAUAUGUCACCUUCAAAAGCAAGUCUUAUCUUCAAUACAGUUGGACUUGUCUCCAACAUUUAUGCACUCAAAGGAAUUCACUCAAAUGAAUUUGAUAAUCCUUAUGCCCUUGGUUUUGGUGGACAAUAUCAGUAUUUAACCAUUCUUGGCUUAACUACAGCAACCAUUGCAUUUGGACUCAAAAUCAUGCGUUACUUUAUUCCCAAGUUCUCUUCAACGAUACAUGAAGCUGUCACGAACAUUGCUACACCUUUGGAAGGUGUAAUCAGUGUCUUGUAUUGGUCUAUGAUGCUACUUGACCCACACUUGUUGAUUCCUGAAGAUAUACCUGGUAUUCCUCUCUUUUUAGAUUUCACUUUGCAUUUGUUUCCUGCUGUCUUCUUAUGGAUUGAUUUCUUGGCGUUUGAUGUUGAGUUUAAACGAUCCAAUCGUCAUGUAGGUGUUAUUUAUGGAUUUGCUGCAUUCUAUUAUGUAUGGUCUUGGUAUUGUCAAUCUGUGAAUGGAUACUGGCCUUAUCCCUUCUUGGGUAGUUUUACUUUAGGUAUGCGCACCGCUUUCUUUGUGGGUGCUGGUAUACUUGCCUGGGGCAUGUAUGAGUUUGGUGCCAUAGUACAUCAAAAGAUGCAUGCUGUUCAUCUUAAUAAAAAACAAGACUAAAAACUG